AUGCAAAGAUCACGGAGAGCUCUUCUGGUCAGAAGAAGAGUUUCUGAGAAUACUUCCAAUGGAAGGAAUCGCCUCUACAAACUUUCACUGUCUCUGGUUUUUCUCAUUUGGGGGCUUUUCUUCUUAUCUACUCUCUUGUUCAGUCAUGGAGAUGGUGACAAAGGGAGGUCUUUAGAUGAUUCGGUGGAAAGAGGUUAUCCAGAUGAUGUUAGGGCAGAUGAGACAGCUGAGUCUGUUGAUGCACCAUCACUAGAGUCUGCUUCUGCUUAUCAUGCUCCGGAUGUUGAUGUAGUUGCAGCCAAAGAAAUAGGAGUUGAUAAUACAAUUGCAGGAAAUGUUACAGAAAGCAAAGGCAAUGAGUUUGUGAAGCAAAGUGAGAUUAUCAACAACAACAACAACAACAACAACACUGGUGCAGAGAAGGAUACAGAGACCAGUGCUGCUUCAAAGCUUGAUCAGCUAUCUCGCUCUGUGCCGCUUGGCCUUGACGAGUUCAAGAGCAGAGCGUCUAAUUCCAGAGACAAAUCUUUGUCAGGCCAAGUCAGUGGCGUGACUCACAGGAUGGAGCCUGGUGGGAAAGAGUAUAACUACGCAGCCGCUUCAAAAGGAGCAAAGGUCUUGUCUUCUAACAAAGAAGCAAAAGGAGCUACAAGCAUCAUAAGCCGGGACAAAGACAAGUACCUUCGAAACCCAUGUACUACCGAAGGGAAGUUCGUUGUCAUAGAGCUUUCAGAAGAGACGUUGGUGAACACAAUCAAGAUUGCGAAUUUCGAGCAUUACUCUUCCAACCUGAAGGAAUUCGAGCUUUUGGGGACCUUGGUUUAUCCGACUGAUACAUGGGUGCAUUUGGGGAACUUCACGGCUUUGAACAUGAAGAACGAGCAGAACUUUACGCUUGCAGAUCCUCAAUGGGUGAGAUAUUUAAAGCUGAGUUUCUUGAGCCAUUACGGUUCAGAGUUUUACUGCACGUUGAGUUUGCUAGAAGUCUAUGGAGUUGACGCUGUGGAACGGAUGCUGGAGGAUUUGAUAUCUGUCCAAGACAAAAAUGUAUUGAGACCUCAAGAAGGAGAGACUGAGCAGAAAGAGAAGAAGCUAGUGAAAGAGAUAGAGUCCUCUGAAAGCGAUGAAGGCGGGAGUAAACAGAAGGAGAAGGAAGUGGAGACGUUAGCAGAGACUGUGGUUGUGAAAGCUGAAGUAUCCACUGAGAAGAAGAAGCUGCUAGAUCCGGUGGAAGAGAUAAAACAUCAUCAACCAGGAAGCAGAAUGCCAGGGGACACAGUGUUGAAGAUACUUAUGCAGAAGAUUAGGUCACUGGACUUGAGCUUAUCAGUGCUGGAGAGUUACUUGGAGGAGCUGAGUUUGAGAUAUGGGAAGAUAUUCAAGGAGAUGGAUGUGGAGGCGAGCAAGAGAGAGAAGGAGGUGGUGGAAAUGAGACUUGAGGUAGAGGGGAUGAAGGAGAGGGAAGAGAAGAUGAAGGAGGAGGCAAUGGAGAUGAGAGAGUGGAGAAGGAGAGUGGAGAGAGAGCUUGAGAAAGGUGAGAAGGAGAAGGAGAAAGUGAAGGAGAGGUUAGAGCAAGUGUUGGAAAGAAUGGAGUGGAUGGAGAAGAAAGGUGUGGCUGUGUUCACCAUCUGUGUUGGGUUUGGGGCUGUCGCGGUUGUAGCCGUGGCUCUUGGGAAAGGGAUAGGUCGAGCAGAGAAGCCAGGUGGCUUGGCUUGGCUUCUGUUAUUGAUAAGCUCAACAUUCGUUUUGUUCGUUUUGUCUCUUUGA